AUGCAGCAGUCCGUGGGAGAUGUCUUGGCACCAGAGGAUGAGGCGAUCCUUCUUCUUCUGGCCGAAGAGGCAGCGGCCAAAGCAGCCGCCUCCCGCCCUGUGGCAGAGUAUGGCCUCCGCUUGAUCAAGCAAGCCCGUAUCCGUCAGGAUGACGCCAAGGAGCGCAAGCGCCGAGUCGCGUUACUGAGAAGAUGGGUCGAGGAGAACUGGCAGGGCCAAGCGCCGGAGGAGUUGAUCGCCCACGCUCACGUGGAGGACUUGGCGGACGCCAUCGAGCUGAAACCGCUCGAGAGGAAACGCUUCAUCAGCGCUGUCGAGGAGGGCUUGAAGGAGGAGGAGGAGUUGGUGGAGAUGGAAGAAUCGCCCCUGGCAGAGGACGCUCAGCUGCGUUACAAGUACUUGCGCACGCGCAUGGAGGCCAUCCGGAAGGAGCUUCCCAAAGGCAUGGAUGCGUCUCAAGCCGAUGCGGAGGAGACGAGUGACACGAUCGAGUCUCACACACUCCGAUCAGACUUGCAACGAGCCCUUCGAGAGUCCCUGGAGACCGCUUCGGCGCGACAUGGCACGCCCUUGGGCACUCAGGCCCUGCGAGACAUGAACAUAUACUUCGAGUGUCAAACUCCAGGCUCUGAUACUUGCGGCCUCAAUGCGUUGAACAAUCUCUGCCAGCGGCCCCUCUUCUCGGUGGAAGACCUCCAGCAUGCCGAAGCGCAACACGCGCAAGUGACUCAGGGCGGCCAUUUUUGUCAGCGACCCUCCUUGACCGAGGUCCCGAGCGGCUUCUUCGACGUGGAGGCCCUGAAGAUCGCUGCCGCGGCGAAGGACUUGGAGAUUGUCGACGUGGAACCCGUGAGCGACUUCCGCACCUCGCGCUGCUUCUCCUUCGCCGAGGCAGCCGCGCAGAGCAUGCAGAGCAGCGGCUCGGGCGCGUUUCUGCUGGGUUUUUUGGUCUAUGACCGGCAGCCCGGGCAGAUGCACUACUAUGCCCUCAAGCGCCACGAACAGAUGGUGGGCAUGUGGGUGAAGCUGGACUCGCAGCUGCCACCGGUGGGUAGCGAGCCACGGAACUGCCUUCUGAAAGAGCAGGAACUCUGGGAGGUCUAUAGCUCUUGUCAACCGCUCUUCCAGUCCUGGCUGCUCCGCUGGUAUCCUGUGGUCUAUCGCAAGGCCGCAGUGCGCCAGGUUUGUCACGUACUCCAGGAGCGCUUUCGGCAUCGUCUCUCUCCUGAGCGGGCCACCAGUGUCCUGAAGGAGAAUGGCUGGUUGGUCUCUGCUGCGGUGCACCACCUCCUCGAAACGCUGCCGGUCUUGACCCUGCGUCAUCUCUUGGUGAAGUUCGCCAGGCCGUCCGAGGCCGAAAUGCAGAGUUUGCUCGAGGCCUCCGGCUGGGACCUGACGCGCGCCCAGCCAGCCAUUGACCGGGUGCUCAAGCAACGGAUCGCCUUGGCCAAGCAGGUGGACGCCGGUGAGACCACGGUGGAAGCCUUGAGUCUCUGCGAUUGGGAGCCUCGAGGUGCCGCUGCGCUGCUGGCGCUGCAGCUCCACCUGGGCGAAGGAAGCUCGUUGGUGGAGCUGAAGGAAGCCCUGGAGUGGGCCGAGGGCGAGGCCGAGAAGGCCGAGGCGGUGGUGAAGCUGAAAGCGCAGCUGGGAAGUAUGGAAAGCGCGGCCAAGCUGCUUCACCAGACUCACACCUGGUCGGUGGCCACGGCCACGAAGGUCCUGGAGGUCCGGCGACGCUUUCCACGCGCCAACGUGCCGGUGGCGCUGGAAGUACUCCGCCGCAACGACGACGACCCCCACGCGGCGUGCGAGAUGCUCGAGGAGUUCCGACAGCGGAUCCGGCGCACCGUGAGCGAAGAGUGGGAUCACUACUUGCUACAAGGGGAAGAGGCCAUGGUGGCCGAUGCGGCACUGGACCGGUGUGGUUGGGACCCUUCGAAGGCCUUCUUGGCCGCGCGGCACCUGGCCGUCGCGGCCAAGAGCACCCGGAAGCUGGCGAUGACCGCGGUGCAGCAUCCCUCCUUCUCCCAGCCGCGUUUCCCCAUUGACGCGGUGAUCGCCGCACUGGUGGCCACGGAUUUGAAGCCCAAAGUGGCCGUGCGAGCGCCGUGGCCGUGGGAAGGGUGGGAUAGGCCAGCCCUGCGUGUACUGCGUGUAGCGGAGGUCCUUUUCGGUGAGCCCCAGUGGAAGGACGUGAGGCAGAGCGAGCCUGAGCCUGAAGAAGACGACUCGACCUGCUGCGUUGCUUAA